GGAAGUUGCCAGCCAUCAUUAUCUUACACAAUAUCUGGGUCUUAAAAUAGGGAGACCCGGACCAAGUUAUUAUAUCCGGCCGCAUCGUCUCCCACACACUUGGCAAUAUACUUUUUGUGGGCGGUAAUGAUGUGGGCGGCCUGUGGGCGGCUGGUGGGGGUGUGGGGGUCACCCAUGACCCCCACAUUCCUCUACAGGAACAUUAAUACGGCAGUCACAGUCAGGAUGAUCUUCAGGCAGUUAUUUGACCGGGAGAGCUGCACAUACACCUAUCUUCUGGCUGAUGAUGUCAGUAAGGAGGCUGUUCUUAUUGAUCCUGUCAUUGAACUGGCAGAGAGAGAUGCACAGUUGGUCCGCGAAUUAGGAUUAGAUCUAAAAUAUGUCAUGAACACCCACGUUCAUGCUGACCAUAUCACUGGCACCGGUCUGCUGAAGAAGCUUGUUCCUGGGUGCAAGUCACUCUUAUCCAAGGAGUCGGGAGGCGUGGCAGAUGUGCAUGUUGAACACGGUGAAACAGUCAGUUUUGGGGACCAAGAACUGGAGGUUCGUAGAACACCUGGACACACAAAUGGUUGCGUAACAUACGUGAACCACGCACAGAAACUUGCGUUCACUGGUGAUGCCUUACUGAUACGAGGCUGCGGACGCACGGACUUCCAGGAAGGUUCCUCCGAAGUCUUGUACGAUUCCGUACACUCUCAGAUCUUCACUCCUGAUGACUACUUGCUCUAUCCAGCACAUGAUUACACAGGACACUCUGUAACAACCGUUGCAGAAGAGAAAGAUUGCAAUCCACGACUUACAAAGUCCAAGGAAGAAUUUAUUGAUAUCAUGGCAAACCUUGGUCUGCCUUACCCUGACAAAAUUGAUGAAGCGCUGCCUGCUAAUAAAGUCUGUGGAUUGUAUAAUCUUCCUGACAAUCUGGCUGCCAAGUUUGAAGCAGAGUAGUUGUAGUUGUCACAAUAUCUCUAUACAUUGUGGUAAAUGUUGAGUGUAUUGGUAUCAGCCUAAAAUUUAGUGUUGGCUGCUUUUGACGAUAUCAGUAUCAGUAGUUGUUAACUAAUUUUGAUGGUAUCAGUAUUGGUAUCACACUACCUUUGAGACAGGUAUUGAUAUCGGAAUUGGAAAAAAUUAGCGUAUUGUUCUUUUCCUAAUUCACACAAAUAUUUGGCAUUAAGUAGAAAUAAGAAUCAGUGAUAUUACACAGUACACAAAUACCCCGCACAUAGGAGAAAGAAACUAUACAACGACGUUUCGGUUCGAUUACAUUCCAUCUUCUUCCUUCCUGUGUCCCUUCCCUGUCCUCCUAUAUGUAUUGGCUCCCUCACCUUCAUGCAUUAGAGUGACUUGUAAAUGGUGAAAGCUGAACCAAAAUGUCGUCGUAUAGUUUUUUCCUCCUAUGUGCGAGUUAUUGUUCCAGUCCCUCUAUAGUGCUCUUGUGUUUUUUAACCCUUAAACUGUCCAAACGUAAAUAUACGUUUGCAUGCGUAGCGCUCCAAACAUAGAUCUACUUUUUUUUACAUAAGAAACAAUGUAAAAUUGAACAUAGAUCUACAUUCGGAGUGCUACGCGAGCAAACAUAGGUCUACGUUUGGACAGUUUAAGGGUUAAUGAGUGAUAUUGAUGGGUAUAGUACACAGUAUAUUAUAAUCAUAACUAAAUGCUUAAGCCAUAGAGGGAGUGUACAGUAUAAACCCACACUGUGAACACUGUCAUAACUGCCUCACCUGGCUACACUGCAUGCCAGACUCACUUCUUAAACAUGACUACACUGCUAAGAAUUAUUUUUUGUGUGUACACAUAUAUUUACAUAUCUAUGAUAGUAUGUCAGUAUCUUUGAUAGUUUUAUUAUUAUUGUUAUUACAAAUCAAAAUUUAGCUUUAAGCCCACAAGGGUCAUACAGCAGUAUCCUUGAUAGCAUAUACAAUUAUAGUUAAAACUCUUUAGCAUUUCUAUAAAAGAAAUAUAUUUUCUUGUAUUCAAUACUAUAGUAAACUUGCUGCAUUU